AUGCAACAGAUACCGACCUCCAACACCUCCAACACCUCCAACACCUCCAACACCUCCAACAUCUUCACAUCCAUCAACACCUCCAACACCUCUAGCACCUCCAACAUCUUCACAUCCAUCAACACCUCCAACACCUCUAGCACCUGCAACACCUCCAACAUCUUCAAUACCUGCAACACCUCCAACACCUACAACACCUUCAACACCUCCAGCACCUUCAACACCUCCAACACCUCCAACACCUACAACACCUCCAACACCUCCAACACCUUCAACACCUCAGGAUGGGAUGCUUUUAAUUUGAAAGGGCUUCCUCCUGAGGCUGCCAUCAGCGGAGGGUUCCAGGUUCUGCUGCUGGAUGAGGACCAGGGCUGGCUGCUGGUCGGAGGGAAGGACCACGUGUACCUGCUGAGGCCCGACAGUCCGGACCUGAGGACCAGGACGAUCUACUGGCCGGCUGCUCGGGAACAUGUGGAGCACUGCAGGCUGGCAGGAAAGAGUCUGGAGACCGAUUGUGCGAACUUUGUGCGUCUGCUGCAGCCGUUCAACAAAACCCACGUGUACGCCUGCGGUACCGGAGCCUUCCACCCACAGUGCACCUACCUGCAGCUGGGACACAACAUGGAGUUCCUGCUGUCGGCCUCGAUGGAGUCGGGUCGAGGAAAGUGUCCCUUCAGCCCCAGAGAGCCGUUCACCGCCCGGCUGUCCGGUANUCUUCCUGAUGCUCUGAGGCUGCUGGAGGUCUCGCAGGUUAUCAGGAGGAUUGAUGUGAAGCUGGAGGAGGUCCGCUCCAUAUUUCGCGGUUCAGCCGUGUGCGUUUAUUCGAUGGCGUCCAUCAGAGCUGCUUUCAACGGACCGUUCGCCCAUAAAGAAGGUCCAGACUACCGCUGGGUGGAGUACAAGGGACGCAUCCCGUAUCCCAGACCUGGAACCGUGAAGCCGGAGUUCGUCGGCUCCUUCUCCAUCCCCGACACCCACAGCCCCGACGACGACAAAGUCUACUUCUUCUUCAAGGAGCGAGCGGUGGAGGCCGGCCAGUGGGACCGGAGGGUCUACAGCCGAGUGGCCCGAGUCUGCAAGAACGACGUCGGAGGGAAGAGGAGUCUGAUCAACCGCUGGACCACCUUCCUGAAGGCCCGGCUGGUCUGCUCGGUUCCGGGUCCGUCUGGAGUCGACACCCAGUUCGACGAGCUCGAGGACAUCUUUGUUCUGGAGACCAAGGACCCUCAGAACCCGACCAUCUACGGAGUCUUCAGCACCUCCAGCGUCUCCACCUGCCUGGUCGAAGCCCGGCAUGUCUCCACUCGGUUCCGCCUGGAUGCACCUCCAGCUUCCCGUCUGAUGGAUCAGGUAAACCGGUCCGUUCUAGAGUUGUAUCUACAGAUGAUGAUGCUCUGCUUCUCCUGUGCUGGUGUUCCAGAUGACGGGAAGGUGGUGAAGACCGUGUCGCUCAUCACAGACCACUGGGACUCGGAGGAGAUCCUCCUGGAGGAGCUGACCGUCUUCCAGAGUCCGACUCCCAUCCUGAGCAUGAAGCUGUCCACCAAGAGGCAACAUCUGUACGUGUCCAGCGAGCUGGGCGUCGUCCAGCUGAGCCUCCAGAGAUGCGAGCUGUACGGGUCCGACUGCGCCGAGUGCUGCCUGGCCAGAGACCCGUACUGCUCCUGGGACGGCCAGACCUGCUCCAGGUUCUUCCCCUCCAGCAAGAGGUACUGUCUGCAGAAAGACGAGUCUGUCGAACCGGACUCUGUGGAGCUGAAGCUGGUUUACGGCGUUGAAGGAAACUCCACCUUCCUGGAGUGUUCUGCUCGCUCCCACCAGGCCGAGCUCCACUGGACGCUGCAGCAGCCCGACGGCACACAGCUGCCUCUGAGCGACGACGACCGCCGCCUCCACAUGAAGCGAGGUCUGCUGCUGCAGCGCCUGGAGCCGAGCGACGCCGCCGUCUACAGCUGCACUGCCCACGAGCAGAACUACAGCCAGCUGCUGGCCCGGUACCGGGUCCACGUCAUCCCCCGCCACGGCCUCCAGCCGGGCCGCCGGCCGGCCGGUCCUCCGCCUCCAGCGGCCCACAGGAACUCGUGGCCGCCUCCGCCGAGGAGCUACAAGGACCUGCAGAUGGGCGGCGGGCCGAGCGUGGACGAGUACUGCGAGCAGCUGUGGUUCCGAGAGAAGCGCCGGCAGCAGAAGCUCCGCACGCUGAAGCUGAAGCAGGAGAGCAGGAAGGCCCGGGUGAGGAGGAACAACCCUCCACGGGGGCCCGAGUGAUGGGGAGAGACCCUCCAGAACCCCCCUCUGGUGGGCCCAGGACUCAGAGCCCGCAGAGGAACCAGAACCAGACUGUUUGCUUUCUGAGCAAAGAACGAUCACAGACGCCUUCCAGACCGACUGAUGUUAAACCAGAGAGUAGUUGAUCUUCAUCCUGGAUGUUCUCACGUAGCUGCAGCAGAACUUCUCUAAACGUCUGCUCUCAGGUUCCACACACAGAAUCAGCCUGAAGUCUGCUGCUCUAAAUGAUGAUUUAUAGUAUUUUAACAGCAAAGUUCUACACGACAAAGUAACUAAGUACAUUUACUCCAGUACAGUCAGCCACAGUACCCCAGCUUCAGGGUUUUUGUAUCACGACUUCUUCUUCUGAAUCAGACGCAGCAGAAGCUGAAGAACAGCAGCCAGAACUCUGAUGAAUUCCUCUGAACUCGUGUGUUUUUCGGUUGUUUUGCGGCUCAGCUUCGGAUGUUUGACGUCUUUAAUGUGCACAUUUACACUCACAGUGAAAAGGGAAGUGAUGC